GGCCGGUCACUCCUUCUCAUCCUCUCAGAUUCGACAAGCUCAACUUCUGCAAGCAAUCACCGCUGAGCUAAAGUUCAGAACCAAACCAAACAGGAAACUCAACCAGCACCCGGCCGGCGAGCUAUGGCGCGGCGGUGGCAGCUGGCGGCGGUGCUUUUCCUGGCCUUGUCGACGGCGACGACGUCCAUGGCGCAGGACGCGCUGCAGACUAAGUGCCAGGACGACUUGUCGAAGCUGUCAGACUGCAUGGACUACGCGACGGGGCACGAGGACUCGCCGUCGGCCAAGUGCUGCGACGACACGUCGGAGACGCAGAAGGAGCGCCCCGAGUGCCUCUGCUACAUCAUCCAGCAGGUGCACAGCGGCACCCACGGCGUCCAGAACCUCGGCCUCCGCUUCGACCGCCUCCUCGCGCAGCCCGCCGCCUGCAAGCUCACGCACGCCAACGUUUCCCUCUGCAUCAACCUACUGCACCUGACCCCGAGCUCACCAGACUACGCAAUGUUUGCCAACGCCUCCAAGAUUACUCCGUCUCCUGCCGCCCCGGCGAGCGCCAGCACCGCCAACGGCGGAUUCAAGGUCCCAACGGGGCUCGGCUACGGCGUCGUGGCAGCGGCCGUGGUCUCCGCGGUCUUCUCAUCCAUCUUCUAAUUUCCCGAGGACCAGACGCCCUUUUAUCCUCACCUUUUCUUGUUCUCCUAUCAAGCUCUGUGUGUUUACUUACUCUGCAAAGUCCCCACGAAACGAUAUCCUUUGGUUAGUCUACUCAUGUAUGUGACACGGAGAUUCGUUCUGAUGAUGUGUAAUGUUUUUUUCACCAAGAUAAAUAGAUCGACAGCUGAGACCUGUGUUUUUCCGCA